CGCAGUAUGGAAGAACAACGGAGGCUCUUUUAAACGUCAGUCUCCUGGAAAGGUAGCAUAAUACUUCCCAAUUCAAAGCGGACAACAAAUUCUAACAAAUAUUUGCUUUUACUGGCUGCUUGUUCUCCGUAAGUGGCCGACGUACAUGGAGCCCAGUUGUGAUCCUGUGGAUGAGGACCAGGAUAGGAAUGGCGCAUCUUCCUCUCCCAGGGACCUCCCAGAUUCUGCCGAGUUGAACCGCAACCCCUCACCACCGCCUGACCGUGAUGGGGAUGAGUCUGGGGAAGAAGGAGAUGCCAUUGGUGAAACAGUGUAUAGCAAGCACUGGCUCUUCAGCACCUUGACCCAGCUAGUUCAGAGGGUGACGGAGCAAGAAGUGGGUGACCAAGAUCAGGCUGAUCAGGACAAGGAGGUUGAGCUGCCUGAGGAGGAAGAGGAGGAGCUCUGUAAGAUCUGGGACAUGGCCAUGGACAGGGAUGUUGCAGUGUUUCUGCAGGAGUUCAAGGCUGCAGAUAUAUUGCUUGGGGUGAUCGCUAAGUCACGGAAUCCGCGGCUCACGGAGAUCUGCGUGGGAAUUCUGGGCAACAUGGCAUGCUUUCCGGAUGCCUGUCUUACCCUAAGCCAGAGUGAUGAUCUGGGGGCAGUGUUAUUGCUCCUCCUCGGAGAUGCUGACCCACCCACCCUGCUUGAGACCACUAGGCUGCUGGUCACCUGUCUGUCUCAUGCCGACGUUGCACCCCUUUGGCUGGAGCGUGUUCGACAACAGACGUCUGUUCUCCCCAACCUGUGCUUCAUUAUGUGCAGCUCCACCAAUGUGGACCUUCUGGCGAAGGUAGGGGAACUGGUGGACAAGCUUUUUGACUUGGAUGAAGAACUGAUGAAGAGCUGGAUCAUUGCCCAGCCCAGUGAGACCGACUCUGAGAACCACAUUUACAUCGCCCCCUCCCUGCUGGAGGCUAUCAAGCAGCUCAGGGCGGACAGUUUAGAUGGAUUGGAAGUUUACAUGCAUACCUUCCAGCUCCUUACCACAGUAAAUGAGGGCGUCCAGAUACUGGCAGAGCCAAGUGGCCCUGGUGAAGAAGCCUGGACCCUUCUGAGUGAGCUGGUGUGUGAGGACCUGUGCCAAUCUGAUGACCCCCCCAUUGUGCUACAGGAACAGAAGGGACUUCUUGCUUCCACAUUGGCUGUGCUCUCCAUACUCUUCCCCUACCAUGGCCAGCAUGAUGGCGACACAGAGCCCAACCUGCCUCUUGUUGGGAGCCUUCUGAGGGUGCUGCAGUACCUACGGGACUGCCGGCAGAGGGUGUGGGAGAGCCACGCUAACUCCGAGGUGGGAUGCGCUGAAGAGGAGGAGGAAGAUGUGCAGCUGCAGGCCCUGAAGGACACAGCUAUUGAAUUUCUUGCCAACAUCCUUACAGACAUGGCCAAGGACACACUGUCAGAGCUGGUGAAGAGAGGAUACUUGACAGAGGAAACCUGUAUGGUUGCCGCUAGGAGCCUCCUGCCUCAGCACACAGCUGCGGUACAGCACAUGCUCAUCGCGCUAUCAGAGGAGGAGCCCAAACUCGCAGAUGUGUUGAUGGACAAGUUUCCUAGCUUGAAGUCCUGAAGGAGCUUGUGACGAUGUGUCGAUCCAGCUCUUCCUUCCUCACAGCCGCAGUACUGAGGCCCUCUUUGUUCCCAAACCCCCUUGGAGUGACUCAUUGCAGAGGAUUUCCCUGCAACCCGUCUACAGGGACCCACUUUGCGUUUCCCUUUAUCUCAUGGGCUGCGAUGCUCUUUUGCUCUUCAGUGUCUCAGCCUGCACAUAACGUAAGAGUAUAUGCGCUAACUGCACAUACAGAGCGCAGCGCAGUGCGCAGAUGUCAACAGGCAGUUCUGAAGUGUUUUUGCAGAAUCGGUGCUGUUCUGUCGUGGGUUCUCUUUCACCAGACAUCAACUCUAUAUCAUGUCGAACAAUGGAGUUAUUCUCCUGGAUGGGCUUUUCUGUGUCCUCCCUGCUCUCACAAUGUUUUGAUCACACGCGACCUGACACUAGGUGUCAUCAGAGUCCGCAACCAGAGCGACAGGACCGAUGUCAUUAGAUAUCAUAACGGGCAUAAGCUCUAACUUUCUGUGUUUUUUAAAUUGUAGAUUUUAGACCUGCCUUUAUUUCUACAUUUAUUGUAAUAAAUGUGAAAUACUUGGUUUUUAAAUUGCCAGAUUUUUUAUUCCUGGUUGUUUAAAUAGAGCUUAAAUCCUCAAGGAUUGUUCUUCGUGAGUUUAGAUAAAAGUGUGGAUUCCUAACCAUUUUUGAUUUCCUUUCUGUGGUUUCUCACUUCCGUUCUGUAAAGGAUGCUGUUGUGCUGGUAUUUGUAUGACUUCAACCUCAGAUGUUUUUUUUAGUGAGUCUGAGUUACUGGGAGCAGCUGUAGGUCUGUCUUUAUCUUGAAAUUUACUACCAACGGGCACAUUUCUACCACGGAGAUAUCCCUUCCAUCAGGGCGCUUUAUACCUUGACACACCACACACACUUAGUUCCUGUUACCUGGUCCUUAUUUGUUCCUGAAAAUAGACUGAAUAUUAAAAACCCGGGUAAUGAAAUGGCUUUUUCCAUUAUUUUUUUCUAGAGAAAAUGUCCAUUUCAUUCCAACCCCAUCCAAGAAUCACCCAAAAUUAUGCGUACACAUAAGGAAUUUUUAGGGUAACUCAUUAAAAUUUUAUGAGGUUUUACUUUUUUACGAUUUUUUUCCUGGGGAAAAAAUCAGUUGUACUAAAAUGUGGGGGGGUGCGGUAGUGCAGCGGGUUUGGCUGGGUCCUGCUCUUUGG